AUGCAAAACGAAGGCGUCAAGCCCGACAGCGUGACGUUCGUGAGCGUCCUCAGUGCUUGCAGUGGAGCCGGACUGCUGGCAGAGGGCCGGAGCCACUUCGAGUUUGUGAAGCGUCACAUUCGCGAGUGGCCGAGCACCGAGCACUACGGCUGCAUGAUCGAUCUCCUUGGUCGCCUGGGAAGAUUGGAGGAGGCCGAAAGACUAGUUUUGGAGGUCCCGGACGAAGCAGCGGACGCGGUGCUGUGGAGAACACUGCUCGCUGCUUGCCGGACUUACGGAGAUUUGGAGCGAGGGAGACGAGCGGCCGAGAGAGUGGUGGAUUUAGAUCCGGACGACUCUGCUGCUUACGUCGUGCUCUACAACACAGUUGCCACUUAG